ACAACAUACGUCAUCGAGACGUGAUAACAGUGAUACCGAUCAGCAGCUCUAUAUCGGAAUUUGGGCGCUUUAGAAAAACUGGGGGGAAAAGAAACACUUUCAUUCUGCAGUUGAAGCAAUUCGCUGUUUUCUGCCGUUGGAAAACGAGAAGACUUUACGCCAGGGCGCGAAAUAAUGGCGGUUUUGGGAGGCGCGUGCCGGCUCAUGCAGCUGGUCAGGUUGAGUCCGCCGGUGAGUGUGUGCACGAGUGUGUUUCUCAGACAGCAGUCGACGGCCGCAGCAGCUGUGUUGGCCAGCUCCACCGCUCCAGAGACUCAGGAGAACAGAAAACCCAAGACAGGGAUUCUGAUGCUGAACAUGGGCGGCCCGGAGAAACUGGAAGACGUGCAUGACUUCCUGUUACGGCUCUUCAUGGACACAGACCUCAUGCAGCUUCCUGUGCAGAAUAAACUCGGUCCUUUCAUUGCCAAAAGAAGAACCCCAAAGAUCCAAGAGCAGUACAGCAAGAUUGGAGGAGGAUCCCCGAUCAAAGCCUGGACCACCAUGCAGGGAGAAGGCAUGGUCAAACUGCUGGACGAGAUGUGUCCGGAGACGGCUCCUCACAAGUUUUACAUCGGGUUCCGGUACGUUCCUCCUCUGACGGAGGAGGCCAUCGAGCAGAUGGAGAAGGACGGAGUGGAGCGAGCCGUGGCCUUCACACAGUACCCACAAUACAGCUGCUCCACCACAGGCAGCAGUCUGAACGCCAUCUACAGAUACUACAGCAGUCGCAGCGACAGGCCCAAGAUGCGCUGGAGUGUGAUUGACAGGUGGCCGACACACCCUCUGCUGAUCGAGUGUUUUGCUGAUCAUGUUCGUAACGAGCUGGAGAAGUUUCCUGUGGAGAAGAGAGACGACGUGGUGAUCCUGUUCUCCGCUCACUCUCUGCCGCUGUCUGUUGUGAACCGGGGCGAUCCGUACCCACAGGAAGUUGGUGCGACGGUUCAGAGGGUGAUGGACCGAUUAGGACACUGUAACCCAUACAGACUCGUCUGGCAGUCAAAGGUGGGGCCGAUGGCGUGGCUGGGGCCGCAGACUGAUGAGGUCAUCAAGGGCCUCUGUCAGCGCGGGAAGAAGAACCUGCUGCUGGUACCCAUCGCUUUCACCAGCGACCACAUCGAGACGCUGCACGAGCUGGACAUCGAGUACUCGCAGAUCCUCGGGGAAGAGUGCGGCGUGGAGAACAUCAGACGAGCCGAAUCUCUGAACGGAAACCCGCUCUUCUUCAGGGCGCUGGCGGAUCUGGUUCAGUCCCAUCUGAAGUCCAACGAGCCGUGUUCCCGUCAGCUCACCCUCCGCUGUCCGCUCUGUGUCAACCCCACCUGCGCUCAGACCAAGGCCUUCUUCUCCAGCCAGAAACCCUGACCUCUGACCUCUCAGCAGCGCUGGAGUCAUGUGACUUCCUCCAGACGUGACUCUGGAUCGAGCCGCACAAACGCACAAAUCACUGCUGUCUGCUGUCUGAUCGCUUCAUCUCAGGCCCAAAUCAGGAGAAAACCCCAAACAUUUCACAUAAAUAAUAAAUGGUUUAUAAGAGAUUGUCAUGACGGCUUCCUGCAGCUUUUCAUUCCUGUUAUGCAAGAAAAAAAAGACGACUUAAAAAGCUGCGAGUACACAGCAUAUUAGUAUUUGUUGCACUAUAAAUGUGUUUAAUUGUCAUUAAUGUCAUAAUGCAAGUUAGGCUUCAUUUCUUUAUGCAAAAUUGGAUUUUGGGGUGAAAUGGACCCCCAGACGUGUUGUUCAUCUGUAUAAAUCUGACUGAUACAUGGGCUUUUCUGCUUGUUCUGAUCCUAAUCAGACUCUUUAUUAUUAAAUAACAGAGAAAAAUCAGAAAAUCACUUCAUAUUCAACACAGAAUUCAAUGCUUCCAACAAAGACUCUCCCACAAGCCUCCUUCUCAACAUCAUCCAGAAGCAAAGUGAAGCGUAACCGCACAAAUCUUGUGUUUGAGUUAUAAUCCUCAUAUUUGAGAGUCGGGGCUUCUGAUUGGUGUGAUUUAUCUAGUUUGUGUGCGUCUGAAUUUAUGAAACGUAGUAUUAAACACUGAAGAAGAUGAAUGAAUCGUGUUCAUAUCUAAGAUCUGUGCAUCUGUGAUUAAUGGAAAUAAAUGUAAUUGUUGCAAACUCA